AUGAAUGCCCUGGAGAAUAAGCUGCGGCCUAAGCACCAGGUCCUGGUCCUCAAAUGCUAUCCCCGCAUCACAAAAGGAGCAGUUGACGUCAAGCCAAACUCCAGCGAACUCAGCUACCUGCUCUUCUACGCCACCAGCCGACGCUCCAAAAUCCAAAAGAUUGGCGCCUUCCUCGAGAAGAAGACGUCCUCUGACGUUUGGCGCAUGCGCAUUGGCAAUGUCCAAGUCACUCUCGCCAUCCUAGCCGCACUCCUCGAGAAGUCUCCAAAGGAAGCUACCCUCAUCGCUCCUACCGUCCUCAAGAUCCUCAACCUCAUCCUCGGCUCCAACGAUAUUACAAUGAUCGAAUCUUCCAUCCCUACCUUCGAGGCCUUUUGUGAAACCCACGACCCUAGCUCCCUCUUUGGCGACGGCGACUACCUCACCCACUACCGCGCCGUCAUCCGCAGCUACGCCGAGCUCGCCUCCAACAAGUACCAUGCUGACAAGCCUGCUGUCACCCGCUCUGUCCAGAUCCGGUGGCGCAAUGUCGGCCUCAGCGCCAUCAAGUGUGUCUCUGCCGCCGAUGCGCUGUCCUCUCUCUCCGGACGUCAGAUUAGCGUAAUUGUCCCUGUCAUCCUCGACAAUCUCUGGUCCGACAAUGACAACUUCCUUGACGUCAUAUACGAUCGCCUAAAGGCCGAAGAAAAGUACGACGCCGAGAAGACGGUCCGCCGCAGGACAAGCAUCGCAACCGUCCGUACCAACGAGGAGCCCGCCGAUGCUAGUCCUCUCGCCAUCUCUGGCACCGGCGCCGACGUUGACAACAUGGCCGAGGAAGAGACGGGCGUUCUAGCCUUGCAGUGUCUCAAGAGCAUCUAUGUCGCCCCCAACCGCUCUCAGAUUCACACCGCUACCACUGCCCUGUUAAACUUCAUUAUCCAGCGCGCUGCCGCCGGUGAGAGAGUCAUUACCCAUGACCACGUCAACAAUGUCGACGCGGGCCCUUGCAUCCAGAUUUUCAACAUCAUCUCUCGCUGGGCCCCGGUCCAGGAUCGCUACAUCAUCUUGCUGGUCACCCUCGACACCAUGGGUACUGCUGUCCUUAAGGAGGAUACUCUCGAGCAGCACAUUGUGUACACUGCCAUCAUCAGCUCCAUCCUGCGCUCUGACCUCAACUUGAUUGGCCUGAGCGUCAUGGAUGUUCUGCACGGCCUCAUCCGUCAGAUGCGCAAGGUCUUCCAGCUUCGCAGCGGCAGCAAUCGUUCGGGCAGCGGCAGCGAUGAACAGCUCGACAACCCUCAUGCGACCCGCGACUCUCUGCGUGCGAACCUCCUUAACCGCCUCGAGUCUUGCAUUGGAGAUUUGGCGCACCACAUCUACUACGCCGAUCAAGUCUGGGAUAUGAUUACCGCCAUACUGGUUCGCCUGAAGCCUACAAACGCCAGCAGCACCGCUUCUCCACCGCAUGCUGAAAGGCCAAACACGCUGGAAAAUGGCGAGUCGCACGCUGCCAUCACUCCCGAGCCUGGCUCUGCCGAAACGACACAAAACUCCCAGAAUGACCAGUAUCUGUCUUACACGUCGGGUCGCGCAUCUGCUCUGCGCGCUAUCAAGGCCAUUCUAGUCGUCGCUAACCCUCAGAAGAAGGUGGCAGGCGAUAUGAGCCUUUCACGAAGCCGCGUGCCCAUCCAGGUCUGGGAGGAGACCCAGUGGCUGCUGCAGGAUCCCAACGGCAGCGUUCGUAAGGCCUAUGUUGACGCUCUACUCAUCUGGCUCGACAGAGAGACCGUGCCCCAAGACUGCAACGCUGACGACGACUUUGAGAGCCCCGUGUCGCCUUCGAAAAAUACAGAUAUACUCCCUUCCCGACGCAGCGUGUCCCAUAACGCUCACCGUGAGAAGCCGCUCAAGAACCACCACGUUUCUCACUUCCUGCCCAUGCUGCACCUCGCCGUUUACGACUCAGCCUUGCAGCUUGUCGACUUUGAUAGCGACAUGUGCCUGCUCCACGCCUUACUUUCCAAGCUCGCAGCGAAGCUGGGAGUCAACGCCGCACGCUACGGCUUGCCCAUGAUCUUCCGCCUGCAAGAGGAGAUUCAGGAGGUGGAGCUCCCGAUCCAAAAGGUCCGCAUUGCCGCGCUCUGCCACGGCUAUUUCUGGAGCAUCACAGAUAAAUUCCAGCUCGAAAACUCCAAUGUUGGCCGUGCCAUUCACAACGAAAUUAAACGCCGCCAGCAGACGCAGUUCUGGAUCGAGGGCAUCACGAUCCCUCCCAAGCCCCUGUACGAGAUUGGUGUUCUCGGCCGUGCUGGACAGGACCCCGCCUGGGACAUGAAGGCCGUUGAGACUGGCGAGCUUCUGCCUUUCGAUGACAGAAUAUCGCUGGUGGAGAGUAUUGCAUCGGCUUACCAGGACAGCGUUCAGUCGCCGCCUUCCAGCCCUGCCGCCUCGCCGAAUGGCCGUCAGCAGGCACCGCCAUUUGGCUCUAGCAUGCAAUCUAUCAGCGAGACGGAGCGCGAUUCUGAGCUGCCCACAAACUACCGCCAGCAGUUGCUCGCCGACUGGUCCCGCGAUGGUACUAUUGCAACGAUUGCCGCGCAGCGCAGGGCCGAGUCCCUGGCGGGCUCGAAGAAGACGGGCAACACUACCAACCACGGCAACCGCCUGACCAUUAACACGGCCGGCGGCAUUAAUGGUGCCCACAACGGCACUGUUCUUCCUGCAUCCCCUUACGGAAGCCUGCACAACCUGCGGCCGCACUCGGCGCAACCCCAGAUGGUCGUGGAUCGUUUCGGCUCGCUAAACAAGAUGCGCAAGACGAGUAUUCGGAGUGCCAAUGCCCCUUCACCGUCGCCCAGCCAACAAAGGGAGAAGGGCGGGGCCAUCGCGUCUGUCGAUCAGCUCAAGAUGAUGCUUUCCGGCAACGUCUCUCCACGCGCCGCUGGCAUCCCCGGCGCUGCUAACCCCGACUCCGAUGACAGCGGCGACUCUAUGGUCAGCUACGACUACACCAUGUCCGAGCUCAGUUUCAACCCAGCGACCGGACAGCCGGACAGCACCAACAGCCCCGCGGGACAGGACCUUUUCAGACGCAACGCUUCGGUGUCGUCGCGCGGCGCGGCGCCCUCCACGUCGCACACAGACCGCAGCACAACCAUAUUCUAUAGCGGCGACGCCGAUGAUGUAGACGAUGUCCCGCCGGUACCCCCGUUGCCAAACAUUGCCGCAUACUCUAGCAAGCAGCCGGGCGGCCUUGUCGGGCACGACGCGUCUCCUAAGUCGAUGAAGCGCAGCGCUAGCGGGCGUGUGGACACUUGUCGCCAGCGCAAUGGCAGUCACGGUGCUACAUCUGCGCCACGAGGUCCUAUGGACUUGCAAGACUUGCUGAGGGGCAUUGACAGCACGUCUGAUGAGGGCAAUCUCGGUAACCUUACCCGUCCGCCUUAUUAA